UGAUUGUGUAAUUUGACUUUUCAAAAAGUUUUUUUACCAAUAACAAGUAACGACAAAAGAGCUGACGAUCUAAACUUAAUGUUUUCCUGGUGUUCAUUUUGAUAUUUGUGAUUUAUUAAUCGAUUUAAUGUUGUACUUGGUUCCAUUAUCAAACAUGCGUGGAUAAACAGCAGCUCCCAUCGCCUAAUUUAGAAGCUCACUCUGUUGGCUAAGUUAUUGCCCAUGUGCUUCGCUUUUUAAUGCAAGGAUGUAGUUACGUCAUGAAAACCUUUGAUUUGUUCUAAUAAUCUGUUAUAUUCAGUUACUUAAAUUCUAUAGGUUUUAUUUGGAACUACAUAUGGCGGGCUCGUGGUGCUAAAUGUUUUCAGAUAAGGCGAUGAAUACUUAAACAUUCCAAUUAAUGCAACCCCACCGAUUUCUAUGUCGGCAUCUAAACCAUCUGACGAGUUGAGCAGUAUCAAGUUUAUUCCUUCGGCUCGCAAAUCGAAAGACACAACUCAGUUAGAUCCGAAUAAUUCUGCUACUAGUAUCGACUCGUCUGUCCUUGAGUCAGACGAGGACCACUAUCUCUACACAGGUAUAUCGGACUUGCAAGUGCGUAAGUUACCAGCAUCUUCUCGCUAUGGGGCUUGUCGUGACGUGAACGAGUUUGAGAAGUUGAAUAGGGUGGGGGAGGGGACCUAUGGGAUAGUGUACAGGGCCAGAGACAGUAGGCGUGGAGAGAUUGUGGCUCUGAAGAAAGUGAGGAUGGAGUUGGAGAAGCAAACAGGAGGAAUGCCAAUAAGUGGACUGAGAGAAAUCUCUCUUCUCAUGGCAAUUGCACACCACCCGAAUAUUGUUAAGCUACACGAGGUGGUUGUGGGGAGGAAGUUGACCAGUCUGUUUCUGGUCAUGGAGUACUGUGCUCAGGAUUUGGCCAGUCUCUUGGACAAUAUGCCUAGUCCAUUCUCAGAACCACACGUCAAGUGUCUGAUGUUACAGGUGUUUAAAGGACUGGCACAUCUUCACACUUCAUUCAUAGUUCAUCGCGACCUGAAAGUGUCCAAUCUCCUAUUGACUGACCGCGGAGUGCUGAAGAUUGCAGACUUCGGUCUGGCUCGCUCAUUUUCAGUCCCACUUCCAAAACUCACCCCGAAAGUGGUGACACUUUGGUACAGAAGUCCAGAGUUGCUUUUUGGAUCUAGCCAGCAUACAACUGCAAUUGACAUGUGGAGUGCUGGGUGUAUUUUGGGGGAGUUGUUGUCGCAUAAACCUCUGCUGCCGGGAAAGACGGAGUUGCAACAGAUUGAUCUUAUUGUUAACUUGUUAGGAACACCAUCUUCUAAGAUCUGGCCAAGUUUCGACGAGUUACCGGUGAUCAAAAAAGUGACGUUGAAAAGACAGCCUUAUAACAACCUGAAACAGAAGUUCUCCUGGGUUUCGGAGAGUGGUCUGUUCCUGAUGAAUUCUUUACUCAUGUACAAUCCAGACAGAAGAUCAAGUGCUGAAGAUGCCCUGAUGAGUUCCUAUUUCAGAGAACACCCUCUUCCCUCGGACCCCUCCAUGAUGUCCACGUUCCCCGAGUAUCGCAACAAACAACGCUCUGCUAAUCAGUCGGAAUCGAAAACAAAUUCAUCCACUAGUUCAGCCUCGAAAAGAAGAGAGAACUGUGGAACAAGUGAACAGAAACCUGAAGAAGCGCCAGAUGCAGUCUCUGGCCAGUCAGAGUGUCCAGAAUACUAUCCAGGUGGCACUUGAACAGGACAGCAGUGUGUUCCAGUACGAUGAAGUGUAUGACAGUAUGAAACAACACCAGCAAAGAAAGAUUGAAGAGAAGAAAGCGGCCAAUCGUACGAGCAAAUACGCGGCCGAUCUCAUCCGGGCGGCGGAGAAGAGGAAGGUGAUGAAUGAGUUGCGAGUGGAGAGGGGGGUGCAGAAG